ACUUUGAUUUUGAAGCGAUUAAGCAAGAUGGCAGCUCCGCCGAAACCGUGGGAAAGAAAUCGACAAGGCUCACUAAACACUUCUUUAGGCCUUCCCGUUGAUGAAACAACAGUUAACCAGCAUGUCAACCAGAGAUCAACCACUGGCUUACCACCAAACACCCACAGGAACUACCACUCUACAGCACCUACGCGGGGGCCAGCCCCACCACUCCCCACCCGACCCAGUCAACAAAGCUCCCUCAUGUCAGGCAGCAUGGUGAAUCGCUACGGAGGGUCGUACGGAGGGUCGUACGGAGGGAUGGGGAUGGGCUCGUACGGCGGAGGGAUGGGGAUGGGAUCGUACGGUGGAGGAAUGGGAAUGGGAUCGUACGGCGGAGGGAUGUAUGGUGGAUACGGAGGAGGCAUGGGGGGCGGGAUGGGGUACGGACGAGGGAUGGGCGCGGAGCCGUUCAGUCGGUUCGUUCAGCAAGCCGAAGAGAGCAGCAGACCUGCGUUCCAAUCGAUUGAGAGUAUCGUCCAAGCCUUCGCAUCGGUCAGCAUGAUGCUCGAAUCCACCUUCCAUACCGUCUACAAUAGCUUCAGAGCUGUCUUGGGCGUCGCCGAACACUUCUCCCGUCUGAAGAUCCAUCUUGCCAAGAUCUUCUCUGCCAUAGCCCUCUUCAGGUUCCUCAGGUACAUCUACAGGAAGUUAUUGGUUCUGGUAGGGUUAAGGACUCAGGAGUUUGCAGAGGAGAUUUGGUUGGAAGCAGAGAGCCAAGCAGCGGAAGGGGCGCUGUCGUUGAUGCCGUCGGGAGGGAAGCAGCAGAAGAAAGCGCCAUCGUGGCCCAUCUUCAUGUUCUUUGCUGUCGUAGUCGGAGGUCCUUACAUCAUCUGGAAACUGCUGUCUUCAAGUGAAGAAGAAGAGCCAGAGAGUUCCCCUGAGUGGGCCACUGGAGAAGAAGAUCAUGUGGUGGCUAGAGCAGAGUAUGACUUUGAUGGUGAUGCAGAGAAAGAGCUCUCCUUCCACAGUGGGGACAUUCUCAAUCUGGCUCCUAAAGACCAGCAACCCAGGGUUCGCGGCUGGUUAUUGGCCAGCAAAGGUGGGGAGAAGAUUGGACUUGUCCCCGCCAACUAUGUCAAGAUCUUGGGAAAGCGCAGAGGACAGAAGUACGCCCCCAACGAACAGCAGGGAAAUCCCCUAACAUCGAACCAGUCGAUGCCCCUCUUACCAGCAUCUGACCCACCAUCCGUCCCAGCCUCAGCCUCAGGUUCGACUAAAGCGAUGACUGCGAGUGGCCUUCGGGAUAACCAAAGUGCCACUGACUUUGGACAAGCCUUCGGUGCAUCUGCAACUCCUGGUGAUGUAGAGAGCGGUUUUCUGCCAGGAGGGGGCAGAGCUCCGAGCUGGGGGAAGAUUUUGUGUUCAGGUCGGACAAUGCGAACAAUUCAAACUCUUCAUUCGCAGAUGGUCGUCAGGAGGACUUUACCGGGUUUGACAAUACUUUCAUGUCUGAGACAGAGGCUAGGGUACCUGGAGCAGCAGAAAAACAGUGAUAGUUAAUGUAAUGUGACAACUUCAAUACCAUGGGCAAAGCAUUGUGCCACACACAUGUAUCAGGGAUGCCAGUUUUCAGGCAAUUGCCUGAAUUCAGGCCCUGGCGAGUUAUUUCCAGACCAUAUUUUAGGCUUUUUUGUGUACAAAUAGCUCAUUCUAGGUGAUUUUCAGCCCUCUGAUCAAUUCUACCUGGUAUCACUGAUAUAUUCAUUUCUGUCAUUGUCAUGUCAUAUGUCCUCAUAGCAUUGGUAGCUUGUUUGGUCGCAAUCAUGUUUUGUCCUUGUAUAUGAUGGAAUGAUCUGCUGGGAGUUAGAAGGCACGGCUUGACAAUGACCGACACCCGCAUCGCGUCUUAUUUUUUCGUACCAGAGCGAGCCCAGAUUGCGCACAUGGCAGCCGUUAAGAGUUAGUAAUAGGGUUAUAAUAAUCAUGCAAACCCACCUUUCAUCAACCCAUCGUUAGCUCAAUCAGAAAGGACAGCGUGAUAGAACAUUGGAGUCGUGGGUUCGAAUCCCAGUAUUUUUUCAGUUUUAUUUUUUGCCUUUAGAAAUAGUGGGCAAAGCAAUAAAUAAAUAAUCAGAGUCUAAAUAUUUGUGACCUCUUUCAAAGCUUUUGUAGCUUGUUAUGUAUGGAAAAUAAUUUCAUACUGGAUUCUGGGCUCACUUGGGUAGUAAAGAAUAAGAUGCGUCCGGCACACAUGGACGUCCAUAUUAUUAGUCCUGACCCCACAAAUUUUGAAAUUUUCACAAAGUUUUAGGGCUCACUUUAUAUUUUCACAAGUGUUAGCAUAAAUGCUGAAUAUUUAGACAGGAUACCGGUAUUCAUAUACAUGUACUGGAAGCCUGAAAACGUAUUACCUGGCAUACAUUGUAUCUACCUUGGGACUUAACUUUUCCCCAAAUAUUGCAACUCUAAUUUGUGCUCAAGUGUCUUUGGUUCUUGGUUUUAAUUAUUGAUUUGAAAUAGUGAUUUUAAUGUCUAACUAUUAAAUGGCAGUCAUGGUGUUAUAAUGCAUGAUGAUUUUGUGACAUUUCUUUCCAUACAGCAGGAAAAACAUUCUAGGUGCUAAAUCCCAGUCACUAAAAUACCUGUAAGAGUCAUUUGACAUACUUUCAACAUGGGUUCUUAAAGGCAUUGUUUUUAACAAUGUUUCCAGUUUUACAAAUCUGUGAUGCAGGGCCUUAUGUGUUAUCAGUGUCUGAUAUGGUG